UUGAUCCUCGACAUGUAGGAACCUUGGAUACGUGUACCGGCACUGCAUGUCCCCUACAUAUACUCAACCAUCAAUUGAUGUGGCAAAAAUAUCACGUGGAUGACCACCCUCUGGUAACCCGGGAGGGAUUUCAAGAGAAACAUAUCAAUAUUGAUCGUUUCCGUGCAUUUGGUGGUAAAAACAACCUUUGGAUGCGUAUCAUACUGUUUGAAGUAAGCACAUGUUGUAUGAGCACCAUUGACGCUUAUACCACGAACCCGAUAUCCUUCAAAUACAGGAAACUCCCGAGCACGAAAGCUACGAAAGAGCAACAGAUGACUUGGAACUCCCUUAAUCAGCCUGCUCAUUGGAAAACUGACCCGGAAGCAAGGAGCAACACAUCCCUUGAUUUGCAAGUUACACCGGAAACCUAUGAAACCACCCUAGUGACCUUCGAUGCCCUUCCCAAAUCUGAAUAUUCCUCCUAUUCGCAAACUCGAACCGCUUCCCUACGCGGUAGAUGUUCGGGUUACUGGCCAAAAGUCCAUAUUUGCGGCUUUGAAGAAGGUAAACACAAUCGCUCUGACGAUCAACUUUUCCGUACCUCCUCCAUGUUGGUUGAAAAAACUAUCGGCGGUGCAGUCAGCAUCGACAAUGUCAUCCCUCAACUCCCCGACGCGAUCAAUAUGGAAAACCCAACUGAAUCCGACGUCCGCGCCAUUAAAACCACGCUCAUGCAUAUGGAAGACGUCAUGAACAUAGUGUUGAAGUUCAGCGACUCUUUAGGCUCUCAAAAAUCCACCACGAAGCCGUUUUUGGAGGGGGAAAAGUACCGUGGCUAUACCACCAUCGCCAACACCGUCGCUGAGCUGGAGAAGUCUUUGGACAGUCUUCCAGAUUCUUCUGAGCACAUUGAGUUCGACCAAACAUUCGCUUCCUCAUCUUUGGACAAGGCGCGCAAGAUAGCGACCACACUCAGCAUGACGUCCGUGAAAAUCACGAGCUUCAUCAACCAACAAGCCACCGAUUCAAUGCGUUCGAGCACACAAAACGGCGAGGGCACUCCACAGUCCAGAUGCUCCGACAUCAAAGAGAUGAAAGGCAAUAUCGACGACACCCUCGCUCUCGUUGCGACCGCAGCCAAAACGACCUGGAAAGCCCUGGACCGGCUUACUCACGUCUUCGCUUCUUCGAACCCGGGACCCGUCGUCGUCCCUGACGCGAAGGACGUUCCAUCCACCGAUCAAGUAGCUACCGCCAAAGAAACAAAGUCGUCCCACAACCUCGUCCUCCUCCUCUCCCCCUUGGUGCUAUAUUGUAUCGUGGUCUUGUCGAGGUUGUUUCCCCCGUCGUCUUGUCCCCAAGUCACGGCCCCUUCCAUUACAAUUAUCGACCUGAAAAUCCCGCCGCCCGAUGGGUCUGGGGAGAAUGCGCCGCCAAUCAGGUUAACUCGCAUAACCUCCCCUUAUGGCGAGGAAAACUCAAUGGGCUCUGAGAGUCAAGGACAGCGGUUGUAUUUUUCUUGGAUAACCAAUAGACCAGAUACUGAGAGGGUGGCUCUGGAAUCGCCAGAGGAGGAGGAGGGGCUCAGUGCUUGGGAUACGCUGCACUUUGUAGGAACCGAGUCCUCGACGAGUGGCGAAGACGGCAAUGAAGGACCAAUGUCGGCUGGGCGAUGUUACUAUUACUGGAUCCAGCAUCGGAACGGGACGAUUGUGAAUGGGUGGUGGAGUGGACAGUGCCGGGCAGAUCAAAAGAAGUUAAUCAGGGAGAAAAGGGGGAAAAUGCACUAG